UAGGUAGCUUAGCUGCGUGGUGGGGCACCAUUUCGAGGUUAAAUUUUUAAAAAAAAGGAUGGCAGACUGGAUUGGCCUAUCACCAUUUGGAUUGAACAUUUGCGACAAUUGUAACCUCACCUCACCCGUGUGUUGGUCCCUGCAUGUUUCGUGCUUUGCCCUAUUCUGCUCUUUGCCUAUCAUCCAGGAAUGUAAGCCGUGUAUUCAUCUCGAAAUCUUCUUGCCAAGCUGUGCAUAGCAUGGCGACGAACCUCCAGAACGGGUCGACCGCGACCGCGAUCGCGACCACGACCACUGGUGUCCAACCUUUGCCCCGCGACGACCAGGAAUAUACAGAGAUCAAAGAAGGCCUAGCCCUCAUCCGCGUCGCCUUGUUGAAACCGGACCCUUCCAGGAAGGACAAUAAAAGUGUCGAGGAGCAACAGCAGGUCUUUUAUAACCCUAUUCAGCAAUUCAACCGAGACUUGACUGUCCUUGCUAUCAAAGCCUACGCCGACGAUUUCUUGGCUAAACCGCGCUCGGCCAAUGCGAAACAUAUUGCAAAAAGAAAACGCGAUAAAUCCGAUGUUGAUGGAUCGAAGGCCAAAAAGCAGCAAGGACAGCAAAACAGUGCUAAAUCGAGCACCACAGACAUGGCCGACUUUGCUCAGGCCGGUAUUCCAAGGUCCGACAUGAACGAGAGUAUCAAGGAAAGCGCCGGUGAGAUGGACCUAAGCAACGAAGAGGCCAGCACUGUCGCCAAUGCGGCCGGGCUUGAGACUGCCAGGGAAACCGAACCUAUAUCGGAGAACAGAGUUCGGCCCAAUGCUCCCCAUGCGCGUAGCUUCACCAUUCUUGAUGCUCUUUCUGCAACCGGGCUCAGGGCCCUGCGAUAUGCCCGGGAACUUCCCUUCGUUACUUCUGUCACGGCCAAUGACCUCUCUUCUUCUGCUGUCGAGGCUAUUCGCCGCAACGCUCUGCAUAAUGGCGUGGAAUCAAAAGUCAUCGCUAAUUUGGGUGACGCACGUAGUCAUAUGUACUCUAUAUCGGGCGAGGAAGCUGCUCGUGACCACGAAAGAGAAAAGCAUCCCAAGAAGAAUAAGUCUAAGAGCAGGAGAUAUAAUGUCAUUGAUCUGGACCCCUACGGAACAGCAGCCCCAUUUCUCGAUGCUGCAGUCAAUGCUGUUCGUGACGAUGGUGGCCUGCUAUGUGUGACCUGCACCGACUCCGCCGUAUGGGCUUCAAAUGGCUAUCCAGAAAAAGCAUUUUCACUCUACGGUGGAGUGCCUAUUAAAGGGUUUCAUUCUCAUGAAGUCGGGCUACGGCUGAUAUUGCACACCAUUGCCACCUCUGCCGCACGCUAUGGCUUAGCGAUCGAACCUCUUCUCAGCCUAUCGAUCGACUACUAUGUCCGGAUUUUCGUCAAGGUCAAGCGCUCUCCGGCCCAGGUUAAGUUUCUUGCAGGCAAGACAAUGGUCGUAUACAACUGCGACCAUGGCUGUGGGGCAUGGGAAACCCAGCUUUUGGCUCGCAACAAGAAAGCUACCAAUAAAUCCGGGGCAGGCACAUUCUACAAACAUGGAUGCGCAUUAGGCCCUACGGUUGGUAUGGACUGCCAGCAUUGUGGCUCAAGAACGCACAUUGCUGGUCCCAUGUAUGCCGGGCCGCUGCAUUCUGCAGAGUUUAUCAAGAAGAUCCUGGAUGACUUACCCAAUGCCUCAGACGAUAUCUAUGGUACAAAACCACGGAUAGAAGGCAUGUUACAGACUGCACUAGAAGAAUCGCUCCCAUUGCCAGACGAUCUUGUGCCACAGAGCAAGGAGGACGAAUUCGCGAUGCUAGAGCCGUAUCCAUUCUAUUUCCACCCCACCAAUCUCGCGGGUGCUAUGCGCUGCAUCUGCCCAGAUGAAGACAGCUUUCGAGGCGCUCUCCGCCACCUGGGUUACGAGGUCACUCGAAGCCACUGCAAGGGUGGGAGCAUGAGGACGAAUGCCCCGUGGUCUGCUGUGUGGCAUGUCAUGAGAGAGUGGACACGCCAGAAGAGGCCUGUGAAAAUUGAGAACAUCAAAGAAAAUAGUCCUGCAUACAGAUUGCUGAGGCUAGGCGGUACUGAAAACCAAGAUGACGAGAUUGACAAGAGGGAGGUCGUCUUUGAUCAACGACUUGGUCGCGAUCAAUCUAAGCCGGGUCUGAUCCGGUAUCAGAUGAAUCCCACGGAGAAUUGGGGACCUCAGUCUCGAGCUAAAAGGCACUAAACUAUGAAGAUCUUGAAGAUAAGUAACCAAUGCCCAUGAAUUGCGACGCCGUGACUUUAUAUAACAUGUAUUCUGGAUGGAAUGACUCUGCGAAACAAUAACAAUUGAUACCCCUGGCCUUGUACCUCUUUUUCCGUUGCUGGGACCAUAAUUUGAGAUGAACCCUAAAUUUCUAACCUCAAGUGAGCCUUCCACAUCAGCCGAGUUUCCGCGCGGCCCAGAAUAAUAAGCUUGGCUUAGGCAUUGAUAUUCAGUAAUGCCCUCUAAAGAGAUGUAUAGAAUGGGUUCAUCUGAGCGUUUUGAUAAAGGCAUCUCAUCUGAGCUUCUGGCCAUACAUCAAGUAACUAGAAGAUGAAGACUUUGCCCAGCCCUACCUAGCUAAUUAAUGUUACGGUCUUACAGUAAGAUGUGAGUCUGUGUGGACCGAAUCCUGCAUUGGGGCGCGGUGGAUUGUUGGUUGACGCGGUACAGGUACCAAGACACCCAUAUCAAAAUCCCCACUUUGAUCAAAAGUGAAAGGCGAUGGAAAUCUAUCAAGGUGUCACGAGCCAGU